GAAGCUCACAUUUUGUUCUCUUCAGCUAGCUUUCCAAAACAAUCCUCAAGACGUACUCUUCAUGUCAAAGCUCCUCCUGCCUUCUUACUGACCAGAAGCAUCCAAGGUGGAUUGAACGAGUCAAGUGCACAUGGGAAGACACUCUUGCUGUUACAAGCAGAAACUAAGGAAAGGCCUCUGGUCUCCCGAGGAAGACGAGAAGCUUCUCAAUUACAUCACCAAGCAUGGCCAUGGAUGUUGGAGCUCCGUACCCAAACUUGCCGGUUUGCAGAGGUGUGGCAAGAGCUGCAGGCUGAGGUGGAUAAAUUACCUGAGGCCCGAUUUGAAAAGAGGGGCAUUCUCGCAGCAGGAAGAGAAUUUGAUAAUUGAACUCCAUGCAGUCCUAGGCAACAGGUGGUCGCAGAUUGCAGCUCAGUUACCCGGAAGAACUGACAAUGAGAUUAAAAAUCUAUGGAAUUCCUGCCUCAAGAAGAAGCUUAGGCAGAGAGGCAUUGACCCGAACACCCACAAGCCGCUCUCUGAGGUUGAGAACGACAACGACAAACCCACCGCAGCCGACAAGAGCCAUCACAAAGCCUCAGGGGUAUCCAAUGAUUUGAGAGUAGCAGAGCCUGCAAAGCCGAGGCCAAAUGCAAUGCCUUCGGAGCGAUACCCGCUUGAAGUUUCCUCCGGCUCCAAGGUCGCCAAUAGCUGCAGCAAUUUGACCAGCAAUCGACCCGCCCAGGAUUUGUUCUUUGAUGCCUCCAUUACCAGUUGUGGACCUUCUGAUAUGAUGAGUUACUUCUCUUUUCAGCAGUUGAACUAUCCACCACAUGUUGGGCUCCCUGCAAAUCCCAACAGCUCUCUUUGCUUCAUGUCAGGUUCUAGUUCCUCUCAGGUGAUGUCAGAGCUCAAUUCUAGUAUGACUCCUGCUAUGCUUAAUUCUGUGCCAAGCUCAAUUUUCCCAACAACACAUGUAAGUACCACUGGCACCGCGAGUCUCCAGUCUGAUAAUCCUUCCAUAUCCUCUGGCGAUAUUGAUGGGGUUCAGAACUGGGAAGCUAGUAUCCUCAAUAACAGCAGCAGCAAAAGCAAUGGGCGCAGUGGGAGUAUCCAAUUGCAAAGCAGCAAUAACUUCCUCGAGAACAACAGUUUAGCAUGGGGAUUGGCAGACCCUGUGAAGGCUGAUAGAGAUGCCCAAGUACACUCACAAGCAGAACAAGAAGACAUUAAAUGGUCUGAGUAUCUGAACUCUCCAUUUUUUCUGGCAAACACGGCACAGAAUCAAAACUGUCAAUCUAUUUACAGUGAGGUUAAACCAGAGACAGGCUUCAUGACAGAUGAAUCAAGCACUAGUUGGCACCACACCCAGCAUCCAUCCGUUUUUCAAGCUUCAGACAUCUACACCAAGGAUUUGCAAAGAUUCUCAGUGGCUUUUGGACAAACCCUCUAGUCUGUAAUUAACAAGUGCAAACUUUGAAUUCGACCAAAGAAAGAGACGCCGACAUUUCCAAUAUGAACUGAGUCGGAAAAACUCUCGUGUGUUCUGACCACAGGUGUGCGCUACAAAAAUUUCUUUUGUUUAUGUAAAUGUGUCUGAUACAAAAACCUCCGAGCAUUCUGUUACAGUAUAAUAUUUGUGAUUGAUCUAAGCUUCUCUUUAUUUUGUUCAUUAAAAACAGAAAAAAUACAGCAGAAUAAGGCUUGUUCCAGAUCCUUUUUUUUUUGUCCUUUACAUUUUUCAGUUACCAUGGAUCUGUAAUUUGUAAACUUCAUCUGUAUACAAUAGACAGCAUUUUCUUUUUUAUUUA